GCUGAUGUCUUUCCAAAGACAAAGUCAGCGCCAGCCUGUAUUUCCACCUUUGAAGUCGUUUUUGGAAACGUACGUAAUCUCCGGGACCAACUUCGGGUGAAUGGCGUCUGGCUGUAAUGUAGCUUGGGUGUUGGGAGAGGGCUGUUUCCUUAGAUAGGCCUACAAAAAGCGGAGCAAAAUGUCCACUUAGCUGCCUCUGGUCCAGAAUCAUCCUGAGAAGGGAGGAAAAACGAAAAACGUUCUCAGGUGGCACUGAGCGGCUUUGGCAUCGGAGCAGAUGUCGAACUCUCUCAGGUUCGCCCAGACCAAAGAACUUUAAGAAGAUUCAUUUUAUCAAGAACAUGCGGCAACACGAUACCAGGAAUGGCAGAAUAGUCCUUAUCAGUGGCAGAAGAUCCUUCUGUAGUAUAUUUUCCGUGCUGCCCUAUCGUGACAGUGCCCAAGUUGGGGAUUUGAAGUUGGAUGGAGGGAAGCAGUCAUCAGGUGCUGUGAGCUUGAAAGAGAUCAUUGGUCUUGAAGGCGUGGAGCUGGGAGCCGACGGGAAGACUGUUUCUUACACCCAAUUUCUGCUACCCACAAAUGCCUUUGGAGCCCGGAGAAAUACCAUAGACUCCACCUCCUCCUUCUCCCAGUUCCGUAACCUGAGCCACCGCAGCCUUUCCAUAGGACGUGCAAGCAGCACCCAGGGGAGCCUGGACACAGGUAGCGACCUGGGAGACUUUAUGGACUAUGACCCAAAUCUCCUGGAUGACCCCCAGUGGCCUUGUGGCAAACACAAGCGAGUUCUCAUCUUUCCUUCGUACAUGACCACAGUAAUAGACUAUGUGAAGCCCUCAGAUCUCAAGAAGGACAUGAAUGAGACCUUCAAGGAGAAGUUUCCCCACAUUAAGUUAACACUCAGCAAGAUAAGAAGUCUGAAGCGAGAGAUGCGGAAGCUUGCCCAGGAGGACUGUGGCUUUGAGGAGCCCACAGUGGCCAUGGCCUUUGUCUAUUUUGAGAAGCUCGCCCUCAAGGGAAAGCUAAACAAACAGAACCGGAAGCUUUGUGCCGGAGCAUGUGUACUAUUAGCAGCCAAAAUCGGAAGUGACCUCAAAAAACAUGAAGUCAAGCAUUUAAUUGACAAACUGGAAGAGAAGUUCCGGCUGAAUAGGCGAGAACUGAUUGCCUUUGAAUUCCCAGUGUUAGUGGCCUUGGAGUUUGCUCUUCAUCUGCCAGAGCAUGAAGUCAUGCCCCAUUACAGACGCCUGAUCCAGAGCUCCUAGCACAGGCCCCAAGGACGGGUAGGGACCGCUUCCUCUGAGCUUGUGGAGCAGCACUUACUACUGGAAAUGCAGAAACAGAACUCGACAUACCAACCUGUUUUCCUCUCAACAUGUUUUUGUGGAGAAGCAGUACCGGAAACUUUUCAGGAAGUCCCGGUCUGGCUAGCCCGGCAUGAGCCGUGAGCGGGUGAUUACGCGGCAGCUGAAGGGGAGACCCGUGCAGGAGGUGGCCAAGGGCCUUUCAGCUUUCACCUGGCUGGCAUUCCCAGCUGUCCCCGCCCUGCUGUUCUUCUGGGCACAAACAGACCUCGCAAGCAUGGUCCAUGGUCUCCCCUGCAGACCUGGCCCCACUCAAGAGAGCAGAGUUCUAAAGCAGAAGGGAAUUUACAGUGGCUGGGGGAAGCUUUUAAAGGAUACCCUUACUGUGUCAAAACAGUUUGCCAAUCUGUUUUUGUCUCCGCUCUUAGAGGUGUGCGCACACACCCAGGGGGGAGGGGGACGUGAGAGUGUGAGAAUGUGUGUGUCAGAGCUGCCACCUGCCAGAGCACGGACCUCUGCCUGGGGGUGAGAACCAGCCCGACCUUCAGCAGUUCUAGACCAUCUCUGGGCAACUGCCCCUCUCUCUCUACCAGAUUGUCUGACAUCCUCUGCCCUUAGGAAAUGCCAUAGUUUCUGUUACUGCUCCUACCACCAAUGGGACAAAGAGGACGAGUCCUCGAUGCUGGACAGGCCACGUGGAAAGGCAUGAAGUGUGGCGCUCUAUGCCUUUCUGAGGCCGCACCGCGUGCUUAUGGUUGACCUUCGCACUUUCCCGCUGCGGAGACGGCUGGGGCUGCUCCGCGGUGUGUAUUCUGUGCUCUAUGUUAGAGUGCAUAAUAAGCACAUUGAUUGUGCUCACUCUAUAUACAUGUUUUCUAGAAAUCCAGAGUAGGUGGGAGACACAUGAUUGGUGUUUGGAGGCGUCUGACCGCUGGGACAGACUGCAUCUGAAGCUGAGGUUCGGUGGACGGGAGAGGCAGCAACUUCUCAUCGCCCCAUCCACUGUCUGUGCAGAACUUCCGCUGUAACUCGUCCUGCCUGGCUGGCACGUCAGGGGUCCCGGGGCACGUCACAGCCACAAGAGCUGUGCCUGCUGGACUUCACUGGACAGGAGGCGGUCCGGGGCCCCGUAGAAAGAAAAUUAAAAUAUUUUGUUUCUAUAUACAUGUAUGUGUAUGUGUAGACACACAUGUCACUGGUCACCCCUUGCCCAGGAUUACUGAUCGCUGUGCCACCAUCCCCACUUGCACACAGAUGGGAGCUCCUCACAUCAGCUCAGAGAGCAGGUGACAGGGAAGCCGAGCACACGGCUUUAGUUAGCGGAGCCGGAAAGAAUCCCGACAGUGGCACAGGAUGGAGGGAUUUAAGGAACAGCUGGGGAGGGAACAGAUUACUCCCCUUCCCCAGACUCCUAGAUUUCAACCAAAUUCAGUACUAAAUAUUUUGCUAACAAGUAUCCUGGGCUGGAUUCAGUUUUAAGACCAUGAUUUUGUUGGGGGCCAUGAUGAACACGACCUCUAAGUCAACUGACAUUUAAGGGGUGCCAACUGUUGGAGAGGCGUAGUGUUCAGAGCGUCUCUACCGCCUGAACUAAACAUGCCAUUGACCUUCCUGUCCUGUGGCUGGCACGUGCUGCCCUGAUGAGCCACCCCAGGGUCGCAGCCUGCUCAGCUCCCCGGGGAGUGCCUGGCAGAUGGGAAGCCUUUACAAGGAGCAAGGCCACUGGCAUCUAGGAACUGCCCACAGAGCUCCCCACUGUCCAUCUGUCUUGAAUCUCCUGCCAAGCUCAGGGGGACAUCGGGUGGGUGACCCGUGCCACCAGGGUCCUUCCUGUGUUUCAGAAAUCAAGCUAAUAUUCUUGAAUUUGGGGCUGUUUGGUUUUUAGCAUUUAUCAAGAUGAACUUAAGUUGUUGGUCCAUUAUUUAAAAAAAAAAAAAACUAAUUUUAAACUA